UAAUGCCAACGUUUCAAUGAAAUAGGAGUUUUUACUAAAAGUUUUUAAAUUUGAAAAAAAAGCAAAAAACGUAUAGGCAUAGACCGAUUUUCCGGUUUUCUUUAAAUGACUCUGAAGUGACUGAUAUCUUAAGACUCGAUAUUCUAAAAAUUAUACGAAAAGACACGAAAGAUACUUCAGGACUUAUUGCCAAGCAACGGAGUAGGAAAUUUUCAAAUUUCUGCAAUUUUCUAAUCUGGUUUAAUCGUCAUUUUUGUCCCGUAAAUGGAACGGACAAAGAAUUCUUUGGAGCUUCAGUGUCGAACUUAUUUCUUCAUUUACUUUCUUGGUGGAUUUAUCAUCUUUACGAUGGUCUCAGACACCAAGGGGUGCAAAGUUAUGGUAUUCAAGGUUGAUAUCCAAGACAAAGCAUUGGARAACCAUGUCUUUAAAACUGAAAURGCCWGCGACGAUUUUCAGUGUAGAGUAUUUUGCUUCUUGGACGAUCACUGCAUUUCAUACAAUUUUGGUAUGAGUAGAAAUAACGAGACACGUAUGUGUGAACUGAAUGACUCGGACCACGUAAUGUACCCUGAAGAUCUAGUGGACAGACUUAACACAACUUACAAAAGUGCACAGAAUAAUUGCAAAUGCUCAAAGCAUUCCAUCUGCAGGUACAAUUUUGCACAAGAAACCCACCGAUGCGAAUGCAAACCUGGAUUCACGGGAAAUUCGUGUGAAAAUCAUAUCAAUGAGUGUGCUUCUAAUCCUUGUCAAAAUGGAGGAUCAUGUCAAGACCACGUCAACUCAUACAACUGUACAUGUGUUGCAGGAUUUACGGGUACUGACUGUCAGACAGAUCCUUGUCAAAAUGGAGGAUCAUGUCAAGACCGAGACGACUCAUACAGAUGUACAUGUGCUGCAGGAUUUACGGGUACUGAAUGUCAGACAGAUAUCGAUGAGUGUGCGUCUAAUCCUUGUCAAAAUGGAGGAUCAUGUCAAGACCAAGUCAACUCAUACAACUGUAUAUGUGCUACAGGAUAUACUGGGACUGACUGUCAGACAGAUAUCGAUGAGUGUGCUUCUAAUCCUUGUCAAAAUGGAGGAUCAUGUCAAUAUCAAGUCAACUCAUACAACUGUACAUGUGAUGCAGGAUUUACUGGGGUCAACUGUGAAUGGCUCAAAGUCGGUACUGAAGUGUGCAUUGGUUCGAAAGACGAUCAGUUUGGAAAGUUUACCAUUCCAGUUGCCUGCCAUGUCUUGAAUUUCAAACUUGUUUAUGUGUCUGGAGGUGGAAUAUCGUGGAGAACUGGAGAAACCAAAGCCUAUUGGGGAUCUACCAAUAUACAAAACAGUAAAGAUCUUAAUUUACACAUUACGAAUAACACCAACAAUAGAAUCAGUCCACCACCUGACUUCCCACUGACUAGGAGUACAAAAGGUUACAUGCAAUACGAGUUACCAGGUGUGACCAACAUGGACCCAGAACUUAUAUUCCCCGAGUUGUCACCUCCCCUAGCAGUGACAGCAGGCAAGGAGUUCAGGAUAUGGGUGGAUCAAGAUCUGACAAACGAAUAUGAAGGAAACAACGAGGGACAAACUUGUGCUGAAGUUUGGAUUAAGAAGCAGAAUGUGUAAUAUGACUCAUUUAUGGCGGCGGAACGACUCAACCGGCUGGUGGAGAGGACAUAAAAAAACUUCAAAUGAAAUAUUGUGUUUGUGUUUACUAGUCUAUCACUAAUACACCACUAAUAGCAAAGCCAAUCAGAGGGCAGGAUUUGUGAUAGCCUAUUAGUAGGUUUAGACUAAAACAAUAAGAGCUCUCCGUCCUCAUGGUCUACAAGUCAAUAGCCCAUUCGGCCUUUAGUGUUUUUAAAUAAUAAGACGAUCAGAAUAUUGCGUAUUUUUUUAGAUUAGUUUUAUAAGGUGCAUUAAUUUUAAAAAUAGACCAAAUCCAGGGCUUGUGCCGGUUGUGGGGCCUGGGUUGUGGGCGGAGAGAUCUGGCGUGACUCUUGAGUCACGCCGCAUUGCUUCGUGCACGACUUUGGUCACGUAUCUGUGCAGGUUUUGGGUUUGGUCUAUAUGAUAUGAUAUACGAUAUAAUAUAACAUAUAGUGUUUUUCAAAUGAUUAGACAUAUAGGAUAAUAUAAUAACUCUUUCAUGUUUAUAUUGUAUUCCAUGAUGUUUUUAAUUUGUAAUGCGCAUUUGAUCAUACUCAAAUGUUAAAAUGCGCAAUGUAAGCAAUAAUAUUGGGCCUCAUAUAGGCUAUUGACUCGAAGACCAUUUAGCUUCGGGUCCAAUCCUUAAAAUAGACGUCGUCUUUAGCAUGGACAAUUGGUUUGCCCAUUUCAGACCACGUGUCAUCUCUUUGAAAAUGGGAUUCUUCGUUUCAUUUGCAUCCCCCCCAAAAAAACCUCAAUGGAAUAACAUGUGGUCUACAAUUGGCUAAACAUUACGCCCUAGCUAUGCGGUCUAUUGACUAUCAGUUUGCUGCACAAUAUUGAGCACACAAAAAAUUAUGCAUAGCAAUCUCAAACGAAAGCAGAUUAUCUACUCGACUGUAAGUUCAUUCUAUGCCAUGUGUUUUGAAGGCUGCUUUUUUGUUGGAAUAUAUUAACAUGCCAUGUGUUUUGAAGGCUGCUUUUUUGUGGGAAUACAUUGACAUGGAAGAAUAAAAUUUUCAAGCUAUAACCUA